AUAUUUGGUGUUUUUUGACGAUGGUUACGCUCAAUAUCUAUCGUGUGAGAAGAUCCAUAUAGUCUAUCAUUCAAGCGCCUGUGUUUGGGCAGAUGUGGAUAUUUUCUCCGAGAUUUCAUCAGAGAAUAUCUAGAUAAGUACCCUGACCGGGCAAUGGUCAAUCUCAAGAGGGAUCAAGUGGUCACUACAGAAUGGAAUGGCAAAUGGUGGAAUGCUAGAGUGCUUGAGGUACAGGGUAGUCUUGCUAACAUGCUCUUUGAGGCUACACCAUCCAGAGGAGCAGAGACAGAAUGGAUCUAUAGAGGCUCUACCAGGCUUAAGCCCCUUCUUGAUUUGGGUGACAAGAAGACUGCUGGUAUCAAUACUGUUCCAACUCCAGAUCAAUUGCGACAUAAUCUUCCAUAUGUUGAAAUGACCAAAGUACAUUCAGACCACAUUCUACCAGAGCAACAGAUACCUCAACCCAAGCCCACGAUGCUAGGCAGACUUAAUGACCCUCAAGGCUCAGCAGCUACAUCAUCAUCACCAUACCACUUCUCUCAGCUCCUUCAACAGUGUGCUCAACAGACAACUCCUACUCCCUCGUUUGCCAAGAAAUCCUCCGCAUCUGUAUCUGGCUCUACUAGCAGUCUGUAUGAGAGCAGCAGGAGUGAGCACAAGAAGAAGAAAAAGAAGAAGAACAAACACAAAGACAGGAGAAAAGAGAGGUAUGAGGAGGAUAAAUUGUUUGAACCAGAAACCAAACUAGACCUUCCAGCUACAAAGGAGAGACUGAGAUAUAUGCCUCACGAGUGUCGUCCCAUCUGUCUUGGGCCCAUUCCCCAAGUGGUUGAUCACAAUCAGAACCCGCUGCUCUGGCCCAUGGAUCUAGGUUGGGUGAGAGAGCUUUGUAAGCAGGGAGGUAGCAGCUACAAACGACACGUCAUCUACAGAACGCCCUGUGGCAAAAGUCUGUAUUCCUUUGAUGAUAUUUCAAGAUAUUUGAAGGAAACCAGAUCUGAAGUGUUGUCCGUAGAUCGCUUCACCUUUGCCCCACACGUCCACAUCAGUUUCAACCAGCGGCGCACAAGGCAGAACAGUCGCUUCUAUUAUAUGCAGCUCACAGAUCUCUCUAAUGGGGUAGAGAAGGUUCCUGUUUCGUGUGUGAAUGAGUACGACACAGACGAGCCUCCUCCUCUGAUAUACAUGACUGAACGACAGGCUGUGCUGAGAGGGACAAAGGUCAAUACAGAUCCUAACUUCCUGAUAUGCUGUGAUUGUACUGAUAACUGCUCAGAUGCCACUAGGUGUGCUUGUAGACAGUUGACAAUCAAGGCGUCAGCAUGUAACCGUGACGGUAAGCCUAGACUUGAUGCAGGAUACAAGAACCGUCUUCUCAAGGAUCAGUUUCAAACUGGGAUUUAUGAGUGCAAUGAUAAGUGCAAAUGCUCCAAGCAGUGUCAGAACAAAGUGGUACAGAAUGGACUCUCCCUGAGACUACAAGUCUUUAAGACCUAUGACAGGGGUUGGGGCAUAAGGUGUUUAGAUGAUAUUCCUAAGGGAAUGUUUGUGUGUACGUACGCUGGUCAGAUAUGGGAUGAAGAAGAAGCAAAUCAAAAAGGAAAAGAGCAUGGUGAUGAGUAUUUUGCCGAGUUAGACUUCAUUGAGAAUGUUGAGGGGAAGAAGGAAGGCUAUGAAAGUGACGUUGAUCCAAUCGAUAAAGACUUGUCUGACAAAGAUUCUGAUGACUCCAAUAACAAAACUCAAAGCUCAUCCGAUGAUGACUUUCAGACAGCUCAGUCUGAGCUCUCUAGUGACGACUCUGCAGACAUUAUCAAUCCCAUCACAGAUAGACCUAGAGACGACUUGAAGGAAUCAACCAAUCAAAAGGAUCAAGCUGGUGGAACACGCCUGGUCUUACGCAGACAAUCAGAGAGUACAGAACAAAGUCAAUGGUCUGUUUCACUGGCCAGCCCCAAUAGCAAGAAGGAAAUGACCCCUCCUAGGGGGUCGCUAGUCAUGGGGUCACCAGAGGUCAAACCAAACGGUCAGAAGGCUGCAACGAUAAAGUACGGCUACGACCCAAGCCCAUCCAAAGAGAUCCUGGACCAGAAACAAGUGGCAGCUUUCAGACAAAGGAGAGAGGCUGAGAAGGAGGCUAGAGCUAAGCAAGCAGCAGCAGGUAGCAGUGAAGCAGCCAAAUCAGAAGACAAGAAAACCGAGACCAAACCAGCCCAAUCCUCGGGAGCAGACCAGGGUGAUAAUGAUUAUGACGUUGAGAUAGUAGCAGUGAAUUCUGCGUCAUUAUCAGCAGCAUCCUCAUCAUCAGUGAAGACAGAGGAGGAUGAGAAGAAGCUGGUAGUUCCGAUGGAAACCGAUGUGAAGCCGGACAGUAGCGUUUCAGACUCGCUGCGUGAUCUUGGUUUAGAGGAGACAGGAGAGACUAAGGAGGGGAACAAGACUGAAGACUUUAAGAGUGAAGAAAAGGAGAAAAAACCAGCUAAACCCAAGGUGACAGGUCCACGUGCCAGGAAAUCAACCAACUCUCGUAUGAGACAGCGAUACUUGGGAAACCCUGGAACUUCCUCUGAACCUACUAUAGCUGAAAAGAAGGAAGAGGAAAUAGAAGAAAAGAAACCAUCUCAUCCGAGCACAAGAAAUCUCUUUGGUGAGGAGCACUGUUAUGUGAUGGAUGCCAAGCACAUGGGAAACCUGGGCAGAUAUCUCAACCAUAGCUGUAGACCUAAUCUGUUUGUGCAGAAUGUCUUUGUUGAUUCACAUGAUCUGCGCUUUCCAUGGGUCGCUUUCUUUGCAGCUCAAUUCAUCCGAGCAGGCAGCGAGCUGAACUGGGAUUACAUGUACGAAGUAGGAUGUGUCCCCGGAAAGGAGAUCAAAUGUCUUUGUAAGAAUGCUGAGUGCAGAGGAAGGCUUCUAUAAGCCCUACAAAUUGCAUCCUAUUGGCAAAAAAUCGUGGGUACGGUUGCAGAGAUAUAGCACAACUUCGUGACCAAAGUCACAAACAAAAUGGAGGUUUUCAAUGAUCUUGUGUGUACAAUGUACGAGUUUUAGAACAAGUGUUGUAAGAAGAAUGUUUUUUUCUGUUUUUUCUUGAAUAACAUUCCUUUUGGCCACCGUCAACUAUUCUAGAUAGCCAAAUGCGCCCCCCCCCCCUCCGGAUAUGCAGUUUCAAAAUAGCUCGGCCUUUGUAUUUGUAUUUAGUAUUUAUUGUCCAUUUCUUGAUAUUUGAUUUUCACUGGUGUAACAUAUACAGAUUACUAAUGAAUUUACACAAAUUCUAGACGUAAACAGUAAAUAAACAAGGUUUAACAUAUGAUUAAGCAUAAUUAACAGAAGGGUUAAGUGUUGUAAGACUGCUAAUGAACUAUCUAUCUGCCAAUCUAAUUGGAAGGAUAAUAUACAAUGAAUGACAAACUAUAAUAGUUUGGUGAGGUAUGACCAUUUUACAUGUAUCUGUUGAGUAAUUUUGUGUAAUUGUUAUUACAUCUUGCCUAGACGGACCACCCGUUCGCUCACUUCCGAAUGAAUAAAUAAAUAAAUCUUUGACAAUAAGUCUUGAAUUGAAUUUUCAUUACUUAAAUCAAGGUAAGGUUUUAAUGCAAUUAAAACUUUCAUGAACAAGUAAAUGGCAGAACAGAGAUGCCAACCAGUACGAUUAAAUCGUAUUUAGUACGAUAAUAACAGUGAAAUCCGAUAUUAAAAUAUGAUUUUUCAUCUAAUCACUUUUUUUUU